UGCGGUGAGUGUCUCCGUCAGGACGCACCGGAGGAGCGGAGCUGAGCGGAGCAGCAACAUGGCUGCAGAUUACUGGGAGCCAGAAAGCCCCGAGACUCUGUCAGACUGAACCGAGCCAAAGACAACCCGGGACAGACCGGGACAAACCCUCCCGGUGUGGUCUCCAGGCUGGCUGCCCCGCCCCCCUCAGCGUCACGCCCUCCCCUGCCCCCCCGGCCCCCCCUCAUGGAGAGGAUGAGGAAGAUCAAACGGCAGCUGUCACUCACUCUGGGGAGGGGAGGGGCCGGGGGAGGGGACAGGACGCUGAGUGACACCAUCAACCAGGAAGUGACAUCACACAGUGACUCAGAGGUGGUGUCUCUUCGUGGUUCCUCUGGAAGUUUGAAGGUUCGGGGUUCGUCUUCAUCAGUUCAAUCUCUCCUACAGUCGUACAGCAGCUCACUGAGGAAGCCUCGAGGCCUCGGACGCAGCCUGAGCUCCUACCUGAACCACACCACCAGACUGGAGAUCGUCCAUGAGGAUGUGAAGAUGAGUUCAGAUGGAGAAAGUGAUCCGGCUUCUUCGUCAGAUGACGUUCAAAGUCCCGUCAGAGUGAGACUGAGAAACAAGAAGAUCUCCUCUGAGGACAUCAACAAACGUCUCUCGUUACCGGCCGACAUCCGUCUUCCAGACGAUUACCUGGAGAAGUUUAAUCUGAUUGGUCCGGCCCUGUUUGAGCAGCCAAUUAGCCGAAGGCUGCGCAGAGUGUCUCUGUCAGAGAUUGGUUUUGGGAAACUGGAGACGUACAUCAAACUGGACAAACUGGGAGAGGGGACAUAUGCUACAGUGUAUAAAGGUCGCAGUAAACUGACUGAUAACCUCGUGGCUCUGAAGGAAAUACGACUGGAACAUGAAGAAGGAGCUCCGUGUACUGCAAUCAGAGAAGUGUCUCUGCUGAAGGAUCUGAAACAUGCCAACAUCGUCACGCUCCAUGACAUCAUCCACACACAGAAGUCCCUCACGCUGGUGUUUGAGUAUCUGGACAAAGAUCUGAAACAGUAUCUGGACGACUGUGGAAACAUUAUCCAUGUUCACAAUGUCAAACUCUUCCUGUUCCAGUUGCUUCGAGGUUUGUCGUAUUGUCAUCGGAGGAAAGUUCUCCACAGAGACCUGAAACCCCAAAAUCUGCUGAUCAACGAGCGAGGAGAACUAAAACUGGCUGACUUUGGUCUGGCUCGAGCAAAGUCCAUCCCGACAAAGACAUACUCUAACGAGGUGGUGACGCUGUGGUACCGACCGCCGGACAUCCUGCUGGGCAGCACCGACUACUCCACUCACAUCGACAUGUGGGGUGUUGGUUGUAUCUUCUAUGAGAUGGCGACAGGUCGACCUCUGUUUCCUGGUUCCACGGUAGAGGAGGAGCUCCACUUCAUCUUCAAACUCCUGGGCACUCCCACAGAGCAGAGCUGGCCUGGGAUCAGCUCUAAUGACGAAUUUGUGGCGUACAACUACCCUCAGUACAGAGCGGAGAGACUGAGUAACCACACCCCCAGGCUCAGCAGUGAAGGUGUGGACCUGUUGUCAAAGUUCCUGCAGUUUGAAGGGAAGAAGAGGAUCUCAUCAGCUGAGUCAAUGAAUCACCGUUACUUUAGUAACCUUGGAAACAGAGCGAUGACACUUUCUGACACAACGUCCAUCUUCAGUCUGCCAGAGAUCCAGCUGGAGAAAGAAACGAUCAGACCAACAACAGUCACACCCGAUCCAGCGAACAGUCCAGGCAAGAGGCGGAGUCUGCUGUUCUGACGUCAUUGGGAGGCGGAGUCUGGUCCUCUGACAUCACUUGGAGACAGAGUCUGCUCCUCUGACAUCACCAGGGAGGCAGAGUCUGCUCCUCUGACAUCACCGGGGAGGCGGAGUCUGCUGCUUUGAUAUCACCAGGGGGUGGAGUCUGCACCUCUGACAUCACCAGGUAGGAGGAGCGUGCUCCUCUGACAUCAUCAGGGAGGUGGAGUCUGCUUUUUUUUCUUCUUCUUCUCUCCGGAGGAGUAAAACAAGAACAGGAAGUAAAAUGAUAAGAAGAAAACAAACUGAGCCCUGAAAUGAUUGUUUAUCAGACAGACAGACAGACAGAUGCAAUAAUGAAUCACAGCAUGCUGUUACUAACGGCAACAGAUUCACCUCAGUACGUGAACAGAUGAAUGAGUUAAAGCUUAUUGAACAGACACAUGUAAACAUGUAAGACACGGAAACACCUGAGUACAGGUAUCACCUGAGUGACAUCAUUGAUGACAUCACAGAAACAGAGGGACGAUUUUACAGGCUGAUGUGUUUGGGUUGUCGUUGUUCGGGACUAAACUGACACGUUUUUUUAUAUUCUAUCCGUUUACAGAAAAACAGAAACUGAACAGGAACAUCUUGUUUGUUAACGAAUAUAACUUGUCAUUGAUUCAGACUGCACUGAAUUAAAACUUUAUUUGAUUCAGUUUGAAGCAGAUCUGAAACCUCAAACAGCUGAAAGCCAUCAGAUGAACAGAGUUCAUCAUCAGUUCAGACAGACUGAUCUCCACCUGUUUUAUACUCUGAAUAUAAACUGGAGGUGACCGCAGGAACAGCUGAUGAGGAGCUGAUGAAGAACGAAAGGUCUUCGUAAUCUGUUUGGCGCUGCUGUUUGUGUUUCUGCCACAGUAGAGUGUUAGAUUUACAGUAUUACAUUUACACUUUAAUGUUAUUAAUUAUAAAGAUACUGAAACUCUUUAACAGCCUGCAGGAGAAGCCAUGUUAGUUUCUGCAGAAGAGACAUUUUGACUGUUUUAUUCUGAAAGUGUGAAAUUGGUUUCUGCUGUUCUGCAUGUGUGUGUGUGUGUGUGUGUGCGUCGUACACUCAGACUGUAUACUGGUAAUAUAUAUAUACUGAUACUGUACAAACACUACAGUGAUGCUGUAAAUAUAUAUAGUUAUACUGUAAGUCUGCAGGAAACAGCUGUGAACUGUUUCCUCUCUAUGUGCCGUUUCUCACAGAGAAGUUAUUUAUUUUAGGAUUAUUUGUGGGCUUUAAAUCGCCUUGAUUAGACAGAACAGCUGAAGAUAGACAGGACAGAGGACAGACAGGGCAACAAAGGGUCACAAGUCAGAACUGAACCUGGUCCACUGCGAAGGACUCAGCCGGCAUGGGGGUGCACGCUCUGCCAGGUGAGCUACUAGGGAGCCCCAGAGAGUUUUAUUUUUACAGAUUUUAUUGUUUUUUAUUUGACUGAAGGUCAAUAAGUAGGUUUUCUAACUGAGACUGUCGGAAAUCAGGGGAGGACCACGUGAUGUCACCAGAGACUUGUG